AUGGCCGACGUAUACGACCGCGGACGUAAAGACCAAGACUUCAACGUUGGUGACCAAGUGUACCUAAGCACGAAGAACCUGGACACAGUGCACACGGGGUUUCCCAACUCACGCAAGCUUGGACCCAAGUGGAUUGGACCGUAUUCCGUCGUGCGCAAGGUACACCGACACGCGUACGAGAUCAACUUGCCGCCUGGACUCAAGCUACAUCCAGUCUUCAACACCGGCUCACUCAAGCCGUACGAGUCUCCGACGCGUCUCUCGCGACCUCACGAGGUAAUAUUGCAUGAUGGCCGGGUGGGACAGAUCGUCGAAGCAGUUGUCAACAAGCGUCAGCGCAAGGGGAAUGUACAGUACCUCAUUCGGUGGGUGGGUGAGAAGAAGGCGACGUGGGAACCGCUUGAGAACCUUCACCAAGUGACCGGGUUGAUCCAAGCGUACGAAAACAAGACGCCUAAAAGAUCAAGAAAAAGACGACGUCAAAUUUCUGAGGCGAAAUAG